GACGUGGUCAAGCUGAUUGGAAGGUCCAACGGAUUGUUGCGCUUGCAGAUCGCGGACAGCUACUACAGCGACUCGAGCGACGAGGACGAGGCCACGAGUGUCAAGUCGCGCUCUAGACCGAGAUACAGCAGGUCGAGGUCGAGUAACGCUUCGGUAAGCUCAACAGCAUCGGCGCAGCCUCAGUGCCGAGUAGCAAAGGUCGUGAGAGAUCUGCAGACUGGAUCGAUGUUCGACUCGAGCAUCAUCCAGUCGACCGCUGUGUCGAAUCCUAUUCACAGGUGGGACAUGUCGAGUCCACUGCCACCGCCCCCACCGCCCGCCUCGAGGAAGCCUGACUCCGAGAAAAUCGUUCACAGGACUGUGCUGGGAUACCUCGGCACGAUCGACAUACCGAGCCACUUGCAGUCCGUGUCGAUGAUGUCACUCGUGAGAAAGUGUAUCAAGAGAAUCAAGUCUGAUAAACGCGAUCCCACGACGGUUUUACUUACGAUUCACGUAGCAAACAUAAAACUAGCCGGUAAGGAUGGCCGCAUGAUCGCAGAGUAUCCGUCGUAUCGCAUUGUCUACUGUAAUUCCUUUUCAAACGAGGACAAGCUGCAUUUCGGCAUCCUAACGAAAUCGCCCGACACUUACGACACUUCGGAAGAUGCCACAGACUGCUCGACUUCUUGCCAUGUGUUCAAAAUUUACUUUCAGCUCACGGAUCACGCGGUACACGCGAACGCCAGUCUGAGUUUCGGCUUUGCGUGCACCAAAGCUAGUGAGCUUGAAAAUGCCUGCCAAGAGUUCCCAGCUAGCUGCGAUGGCUUACUGGGAGCGAUACAGACCCUGUAUAUUUCAGACGGGGCCGAAAACGAGGCUAGUCUAUUCAAUGAUUGUAGAAAUCUCCGGGAAAAACAGUCUUCACCACAGCCCAGCAAUGUUAGUUCUUCUACGGCUCACUCAAGCAAUAGCGAUUCUGGUAUUGGGUUCAAGGAUGACUAUGGAUGCUACUCAGACCGAAACUUCGUAGAGUAUCGACCAAAAUAUCAUGAUUCGAGUAUUGUCGUUUCCUCACUCGGGAGAACUGUCAAAGAUGCUGGUGGCUCGAAAUUAACAGUUCGUGCGAUCUCGGACCCAAGGUGGAGCGAUUUUACGAGGCCCUUCGGUCCAAGGUACUCGGAGAAGGCACCGAGCGAGCCCGACCGCACGAUCAUCCACGGGGACAGACACUCGCCGGCCCGUUGUAGCAGCAGCAACGGCCUCGAGGUCAGCGAUCGCAGCAACAGCGACCACUACUUCAACCAGGAGGACCGAAGCGACAACCACCCCAAGAAAACACCAUCCCCAACGGCUGGAGGAAGAAAAGCCAGACGAAGCGUCAAUCAUAACAACAAUAACAAGGAGCGCCGCCGACGUAGCGCCGGAGAGGGGAGCAUCGUCAGCUGUCCCGCCGUGCCAUCUGGCCGAUUUGCCCAGCAGCACCAACAGUACCAGCAACAAUGCGCCAGUCUCGCGGCCCUGUCUGCCUUGGCGCGCAACUCGCCGCCGGAUCGACUGUACACCUCGUCCCUCGUCGUCGGAACGCUACGGACUGCUGGUGCUGCUGUUUUCGCGACCCCGGCUGCACCUCCGCCCCUUCGUUCUCAGCUUCCUGGAGGCAUGCAGAACGGCCCUCCUGACAGACUCAGUCCCAAGGUGUAUCCAAGCGGCAUGGGCUACAGUAUGGAAAAUCUCAAGACGAGUCCGGGUUCAAAGUCGUUGCAGGAGGACCACUGCAACACGACCAAGUCCCUGCCGUCGAGCCACAAGUCGGGCGUCGACAAGCCAAAGGCUUGGGGCAGCCUACAGGAGAUUCGAAAGGUCGAAUUCGACAAAUGCGAGCAUGGAAGCACCGAGUCGUGCGAUAAACCGGCCAGCCAUGGAGUCCACACGUGGGCCAUUAGCUUCGAAAAGCUACUGGAGGACCCGAAAGGCCUGCAAAUUUUUGCCAAAUACCUGAAGAAGGAGAUAAGCCACGAAAACAUCUACUUCUGGGCGGCGUGCGAGCGAUACGCGGACACGGGGGACGCGGCAGCCCGGAAGAAAUUGGCCGAGCAGAUCUACCGGAGGCACCUGUCGAGCGCCGCCUCGGAGCCGGUGAACGUCGACAGCCACGCCACCGGACAGAUCACGCCGGAGCUCCUCGCCUCCGCUCCCCCUGAUCUCUUCGCGCAGGCUCAAAAGCAAAUCUUCAACUUGAUGAAGUUCGACAGCUAUCCUCGCUUUCUACGGUCUGAUAUUUAUCGUGCGUGUUUGGAAAACGGAUGUGAUAAUGACGAUACGUCUGCCGACGACGGGGACCUCGUUUUAACGAAUUCGCCCAGUAUUAAGUUAAAGAAGAGCCUCUCCGAUGCCGAGGAUCGACGCAGGAAGUCUAUUCUUCCUUGGCACAGGAAAAACAGAUCUAAAUCCAAAGAUCGAGGGGAGUUGGAAUACAACAACAAUAAUAAUAAUAAUAGCAACAGCAGCAAAACUUCGAGUCGAGGUGAAAAGAUUUACAAGAAUUUCUCAACGGUGCGAGACAACUAUGGAAACCAUGACGAAGACAGCGUUUCCAUAUCGAGCAGCCGGUCGUCCCUUGCGUCAUGGGAUCUGGCGUUGCGACAGUCUUUCACGAAACACCCGGCUUCGUCCUGCGACGGACAAUCGAGCGAGGGGCGAGAUGCCCACGUAUCUAAAUGCGCCGGCCUCUGUCGGGUUAUCCUACCAGAUGGUUCGACGACGGUCAUACCCACCAAUCAUUCGGACAGUGUGCGGGACGUCGUCACGCGCCUUCUUGACAAACGCGCUCUACGAUACUCUAACUACGACGUCCUUGUGCUUGCUACGGACGAGAUUAUAAAUCUCAAGCAUUCAAGUUCAGUAUUAGCCAGUCAGGAGGUGGAAGUAGUGCCAAGUAAAAUAAUUAAGGUAGAGUUGCCAUCUCAUCGCGUAGUAAGCAUCGUUGCUCACAAAGGAAAAACAAUCAAAGAGGUGUUGAAGCCUCUUUUGAACAAAUACGGAUUCAAGCUCGAUCUUGUUACGGUCCGGGCUGAUGGACAUCCCGUUUCUGUUGACACACUGGCAAGCAACGCACCGUUGAAGCUUACUCUCACGUCCAAUAAUAAAGAAGUAAUCGACGACGCUCACUUCUUCAAAACCCCAGAGGUACCAAGAGGCCAGCCUACACUUGAUGAGAUUACAAAUAAGGUGUUUGAAGAACUUCGCGUUGGGAAAAUCGAUAGUAAUAAUGUUGAGGGGGACGAAGGUUCAUAUAAGUCUGAUGACCAAAAAUCCGAUAGUUCUUCCAUUUUUUCAAACAAACUCUUUUCCAAAGAGUCUGGCCUUCAUGUAAAGAAAAAGUCUAAAUCGAAAAAUAGUAAUAUGAGUGAUAAAAGUGGCUCUGAUUGUGGACAAGAUGAGAGUCACAGACCUCAUCCACCCCUGAUAGCUAAGUGGCGAAACGGUGUUAAACUGCAGUUGCCCAGCAGGUUUGAUGGAGAUGGAAAAAAUUUGUAUGAGGGACUAAAACGUGCCCAGCGAACAAGAUUAGAAGAUCAAAGGGGAACAGAAAUAAACUUUGAACUUCCUGACUUUUUAAAGAACAAAGAAAACGACAAGUUGACGGACGACAAAAAACGAAGAAAAUCACGCGGUACUUCCUUAAAUCGCGAGUACAGCAAGUUCUACGAUUCCGAAGAUGAAAAGCAAUUGAUUGAAAGGUGCUUUGACAAUUCGUGUAAUCUGGAUGGGACAGUAAUCGAAGCUGAAAAAACACUUGUCUUGGAGAACGGCAAUCGACAACAAACAGAUUCGACGAAAGAGCGCAAUCAAAGCAUUGUCUCACAAAUCUCGCCGAUAAAACUGUCCAAGCCACCACCUCUUCCACCCAAACCAAAGAGUUUAUCGAAUUCUUUACGCAGCAAUGUUUUACCAUCGAGGCCGUUCCAGCGAAUGAAUUUCGACAAGAAGACAAUUUGACAUACAUUUAAUAGUCUGUGAAGAUUUUUUCAAAAGACUCCUAUACUUGGUGGUUACAGCCAGGAAGAUUUGAGAUUACUUUAUUUAUAGAAAUAUAUAAGUAGAAAGAGAGAAAGAGCAAGCAAAUAGUAUUAAAAUGUAACUAAAGGCUCAUGUGAUUAAUGCAUGAUAGUCGUUGUAAUUGAAUUGCGCAGCUAUUCUAAUGGAGUGCCUUGUGGUAGUUGUGUUUUUAAUAUUUAGUUGAGUACAACAUUAAAAAGUGAAUAUAGACUUUUAUGAUUCAAAAAAGACUAAUAGAAAUCUUUAUUUGAAUUAGUUUAUAUUUAUUUAAAAAACUAAGGAACAAAUAGUGAUGGUACUAUCAUGCAAUGAGUAUUAUUAAUUUUUAUAACACU